AGGUGAAGUGUGAGUGAAGGGUUUGUUCUCCUCGAUGACUGCACCAAGAAAUCUUGGAACAAAAUGUUCCAAGUAGCACGGGCUAUGGUGAACCCGUAUCUGUGUUUAGCUGUUAGUGGCGCCAGGUAUAAAUGUGUCGCGGGUCAGAUGUGACACAAUUUGUUGGUAGACUGGAGAUAUUAAGGCAGUGCUUUGGCUCUUUGGUAUUUUUCCUGUAACGAGUGGUCGCCUCCUAAUAUAUGCUCGAUGGUAAAGGGUAUUUUAAGUGCGAUAAGUACUUGUUUGAAAUUUACUCUGGCACUGUGAUGUCGGAAGCAGUGAAGUGUUUCUUUCAAGAAAUCUUAACGCCACAACAAUGGCAGUUAGCUCUGCUUGCGUUGAUGAGGCAUAGUUCUCAAUACGCGCUUUUUCUUCAUUUCCGCGUUUUGAAAGGCAUUAUUCCUAAUUACAGUGUAUGCUGCAUAACCCGUGCCAUGGUAGGAUUAGAUGACCCAUCAGUGUAGAUUUGAUCUAAUUCAUUUCCGGCUAUUUUUAUAUAUUUCCUCAAGAGACUUGUGCCUCAUUUCUUGUGGUAUCAUGUUGGACUUUUGUCAUUGGCAUCUCGUUGAUGAUAAUCUUUACUACAGGCGCCAUCAGUUACUUAUUCCAGGGCUUCACGGUUGUCGCCUGCGUGUAUACAUGGCUGCUGUAUAUUGUAUAAUUGGCUGUUGUAUAUUGUACUCGUGGCUGUUGUAUAUUGUAUACAUGGCUGUUGUACUCUCCGGUACAGAGCUUGGUGUUUCUAGCCGUGUAUGUAGUAUAUAGUAAUUAUUAUUAUUACCAGUUAUUCUCCACAUCUUAGUGUCAGUUACUGUUGGAAGUUUUCAGACGUCAUGCGAGGCGACGCUACUGGUCCGGAUGUCCCCGGGGCGCACUAGAAGGGGGGACUAGCAGCUAUUUCCCGCUCACGUAUCACUAGUUGAGCAACUUUUACGAUUUUGCUCCCCCCCUACACGGACCCAGCCUGUGCUGCUGCUGCUGCUAGCACAGCCCGUUUUUGUUCCCAACGUCAACAAACUGUCGUAUUAAAAUGUCCUAUCUUAACCUACCAGAGGAUCCACCAAUAGAAAACAGGACAUUUCGUGGACCGCUAUUAUUUUCGUGUAGAUCAGUUUUUGGCCUUGGGUAAAGUAUACGUCAAAAUGUGUGGUGCUAUAACGAGAACAAGUUGUGCAAGACGUGAGAAUACUUAGCGUGUAGGAAGAGCACUUACUCCGGGGUGUCCGACGAGCUGGCGUCAUCAGAGAGUAUACACCGGAAGCCUCAACACGGACGCUGCCCACGCCUCGUAUACAAGUAUAAUUUGUCAUUCUCGGUGACCCACUAUGUAUAUUGUUGUUCUGCACUUGUCUAUCAGUGUCUACGGGGGAGCGAGGUCUGGAUCUUUAUGCCCCGCCCACUAACUUGGCAUCUGACAGCUUCACAUACUUCACAGAUGGAUCACUAGACGAGAACUGCUGUUGGAAUCUUGGCAACAAGAACAUAUACGUGACCACAUCCAUCUGACCACAAAUGGCAUAGCAUUAAUGCAAACACUCAAGCGUCAAGGCCGUCCGGCACUUACCAACUGGGUGCCAAGUCAUGUGGGAAUAAUAGGGAAUGACAUUGCAGAUGAAGCUGCAAAACUUGUAACUAAGAGAAGAAAUGUAGACAUUUACAAAUCACAGAGUUUAACACAGAUUAAGAAAGUAAUUAGAGCAAUGCAGAAGAUGUAGUGACCACAAUUCAGCAGCUGCAACCUCUUUGUGAGAUGUUACUACGGGAGUCACUGCAAACACACAGGCAAUCACGCUGGGAAGCCAGAUGUGAAAUUUGUGAUCCAGAAUGUGAGAGGUGUGAGCAAAACGCCAAGGCUCUGGUACUUGAGGUAGAGAUGAAGAUCCAGACGGUCUUCACUUCCACAAGCAAUACCAGAGCUCUCCUCACUUGGGUCGUUCACUCUGCAACUCGCUUGCAAGGAGUCUAGCAGGUAGUGGAUGGAUCCUCGCACCGAAUUUAUAUUAUUCAGUGAUUGUGGUUAGGGGCUGGAACCCGAGCCAAUACUUGGGGUUAGGGGCUGGAACCCGAGCCAAUACUUGGGGUUAGGGGCUGGAACCCGAGCCAAUACUUGGGGUUAGGGGCUGGAACCCGAGCCAAUACCUGCCGAGUUAUAAUUUCAUUAUUCUGACGUUUAAAUUUUUUGUUGAAUCUGGCCUUAAAGUUAUAGAUGGAGGUGGCUUCCACAACUCCUUUUUCAGUGCAUUCCACUUGACUAUCCGUACAGAGUAUGAGUAUUUCCUUACAUUCCUUCGGCUCAUUUGCGUUUCCAGUUUCUACUUGUGUACUCUGGUCCUGCUAUUUGCCCUCAGUAUCUUGUAUGUUGUGAUCAUAUUAUAUAGCACAGGUACUAAUACAUAUGUGGGUACUGGUGUGGAGGGAGCUAUGGCCAGAGCCUCCUGUGGUCCCGCCACACCUUUUGUUUAGUAUUUUGAACAAUUUAUCUCUACAACCGAACCAGGAAUGUUUACUUUUAGUGCAAAGAUGAGCUUCCAUCACUAAUGAGGGUAGCGGGCGUGUUGUGCCUUCCGGCGGCACCAGUUUACACACAUUAUUAAACUACUUCAUACUUUUUAGGACGACGCGGUCACACUGCAUUAUCUGGACACGUUGUGAACGGGGUCCUUCCCACCCACAACUACGCAGGAGGAAGCUCUAAUCACCUUGCAUCGUUCAGAAUGGUCAGCGGCGGCCAGCUGGGCAAAUCACAGGCGGGUCUAAACAUGGCUGCCUCCACCACCCAACUUCGAGGCAUCACGAAGGGAAAGAUUUUUUAACUGAAGCUAAUGAAUAGUGAGGCCCCAGGGCAUUUAUGAUGGUAAGACUUCAACGGGGAAGACAAUUCCACAUAAAAACAGUGCUAUGAGAUGCUGUUUUCAGCGACAUGGCCACAAAAGUCAUUGGUCUUCGGUCACAUGUGGGUAAAACUACAUACUGGGCUAGCUUUCUAAGUGUCCAGAACUCGAGUCUUGCUAACCAGGGAGUAUUGUCUCAGAUCUGGUUUAAAGGAGUUAAAGUGUUGCCGACAGUCGUGAGCUGUGAGCCGUAAAAACCCAGCUGCUUCACAAGUAUCCAGCCAGGUGAGGGAGACGCAGCAUUCUCUCACGCUCCAGUGUUUAUACUUACACACACACACCUCCGUCCCCGUAGCAAUUAGCCCAAGGAGAUGUCUGGGCUGAAGCAGGUUGAGGGAAAGCGUGGGUAGCAUGUUGCUCGUCUGCGCGCGUCCAGGCGUGGGCUGGUGCGUCACGGUAGCAAGUUCAAGUAUGCUUAUUGAGACAAGAAAAUACAUCUCAAAGGAAUAGAGAGUAACUUAGGCUAUUUCUAUCCCCAUCCUAACGUCGCGGUAGCAAGUGGCUAGUGUGCGUGUGCAUCAAUGCGUGUAUAGGCGAGGAAGAUUGGUGAAGAUUAAGCCAGCCUAGAGGUGGCAUGAGUAGCCUGAAUGUGAGGAAGUCUUUCACCUGGCUGAUGUAGGCUGCCUCACGUUUACACACACUCAUGUGCCGUGCACCCGCUACCUCAUGAUCCGAAAUAAUGUGAGUGUGUGAGCAGUAUGCUCCAGCUAUGUGGUGGGGAACUGCCAUGUGUUGCGCUUCAGCUCCUGGUCUCACCAGUGGCCAGUCUUCAGUACAGAGGAGUGUGCAGAUGCUGGAACAUGAUGAAGAAGCCUGAGGCGCCAGCAAGGGUUCCUGAAGCCUGAGGCGCCAGCAAGGGUUCCUGAAGCCUGAGGCGCCAGCAAGGGUUCCUGAAGCCUGAGGUGCCAGCAAGGGUUCCUGAAGCCUGAGGCGCCAGCAAGGGUUCAUGAAGCCUGAGGUGCCAGCAAGGGUUCCUGAAGCCUGAGGUGCCAGCAAGGGUUCCUGAAGCCUGAGGCGCCAGCAAGGGUUCCUGAAGCCUGAGGCGCCAGCAAGGGUUCCUGAAGCCUGAGGUGCCAGCAAGGGUUCAUGAAGCCUGAGGCGCCAGCAAGGGUUCCUGAAGCCUGAGGUGCCAGCAAGGGUUCCUGAAGCCUGAGGCGCCAGCAAGGGUUCCUGAAGCCCGAGCCCUGAAUAGGAUCUCCCUAAAAUCAGAUGAUGUCUUCAAACUACUUGUAACCAUAGACUGACUCUUCUCAACUUGGUGUAGGAUACACAUUCCGGCUCCAGUGUUUGGUUGCCCUAAAGUUGGAUUCAGAUCGUUGCUUUAUCUUAAGAACCCUGGGUGUGAUAUUAAACCCUAGCUGCUUCGUCUAAGGAAAAAAACCUCUCUUCUGCAAUUAAUCCAAAUUUAUUAUUAUAGAAAAGUGGCAAUUGUAGGCUUUUGGGUUGUUCUAGUGCUCGUUGACCCUUCAAGCAUGAGUAUAGUAGUAUAUCGGAACCUCUUUAAUUGCCAGAGUGCUCUAGUGGCCGCUGCUCCAUUGCGUCAGGCGGGAAUUUAACCCUUGGAGGCCGCCGCCAUAUUGUCGUGACCCAUUCUCUAAAUUUCCAGUAGUUUCAGAAAUGUGUAAAUCCUGGUUGGUCUCUUUAAGAUAACUGUGAUCUUUCAUUUGAUCCUCCUCCUUAUAUCCGGGACUUUGUUCUAGGAACAGGUUCCAGUUUCCUGUGAAACUUUCGUAAAUACGACUCCUGGGUCUUCGCUGAGCUAAACACACACAGUAGUGCGUACAGUUUCUUCAUUCCUAGAAUCUUUCAAGUCUAGCAAGUAUUUAGUGGAGUUCCUGAACAAAGUGGUUCUCACCCCUGGAUUAAGUAGCUUAACUUUGUUUCUUAUUAUCCCAAGAUUUCCCAGUUCCAGUGCUUUCUUAAGAUUGCUAGCUCCUUAGCUGGUAUUAUCCCAAGAUUCAUAGUACCUGCAUAAGUGCUACUCCAAGUUUCCUAACUCGUAGGCUGGUACUAUUAGAUUGAACUUAGCAAGUGGACUUGAGGCUGUCCCGGCAAUUUGAGCUACAGGUUUUAUGUUAUAUAAUCAGUCACAAUACCUGGACUGGUGGUACCAAAGUUGUCGCAGCACUUAGGCUGAGGCUAUAUUAUUACUACUAGAACCUGGGGAUCCUAUCGCCUGGUGUGGGCUGUUGAUUUGUAAUACACCCAGCAUUUGGAGUGGGGGUUAUACCGAGGGUGUCUGCAUCGAGGCGCGUCACUACCUCGGGAGUUGCAGCGUCGUGACAUCUCGAGGAUGAGUGUGGAGGGUGAGACAACGGCGCUCUUGGGGUAUGGGCGAGGCGGCCCCCCAAGGCUCACUGAAAUUCCUCGCACCCCGCCCAGGAGUGUCUUCGAGGCCCCGGACACCUCCCUCCUCCAGAGCAAGCAGGGACCGGGGCCGCCGCCGCCGCCGCCAGGGAUCGGGAUGGCGACAGCAGUGUGUUACAUCCUGGGAGUGUUUGGGGUCGUGCCCGUCGUCUCCCUGCCCGGCGCCAUUGCUUACUGUGGUUGGUUUGGGUUCGUAGUGUUCGGGGUGCUGGUGCUGGUGCAGGUGUACACGGCCGUGCUGCUGGGGAAGUGUUGGCUCUUCCUGGAGAUGUUCUGGCCCAGGGAGGCCAUCUUACAACGUCGGUACCCAUACCCGGCCUUGGCUGAGAAAGCUGGCGGCACCACACUGAGGAGAGUCGUCUCCGUCAUGCAAGAUGUUGCAAUUUUUGGUGCAGCGGUUCCGUUCAUGCUCCUUGCCUCCGACACCCUGCAGGAGCUGGUGGAGAGGCUGUCUGGAGUGGACUUCUCCUUCUGCUACUGGCUGCUCAUCACCACCCUCGUCCUCACCCCGCUCCUCUGGCUUGGCACGCCCAAAGAUUUAGGUGUGGUGACAUGGAUCGGAGCAGGCUGCAUGGUGAUCGUCAGCGUCUUGACUCUCGCUGGUUUAGUUCUCAAUGCUCCUCAACAGUUUGAUCCACCUCCUACAGUUCCGUCUUUUGCUACUGUUGCGUAUUGCUUCGGGGCCGUGGCCUUUCAGUUUGACAUCCACCCAAUGAUCUUGACGGUACAGAUGGACAUGCAACACAAGGACAGGCUCCCACUUGCUCUCAUCAUUGCCUUCAUUAUUGGAGUCUGUCUCUUCGGUGGGAUCUCUCUUGUAGCCUUCUUCUUCUUCGGCUCCUCGGUCAAGACCAACAUCUUGAAUAAUCUCUCCCCCGGUGUUCUCCUCUACAUCAACAUGGUGAUCGUCUCCGUGCAGAUACUCAUGUGUCUUGUACUUGGCAUCAACACACUUUUCCAAGACCUGGAGAAUUCUCUUCGGAUUCCCGAUGAGUUUGGUUGGCGGCGCAUUUGUCUUCGAACGACAGUGAUGCUCCUGGUCCUUUUCCUGUGUGAAUCUGUUCCACAUUUUGGGGUUGCCAUUGAACUGGUGGGUGGACUGCUGGUCACUCCAUUUAUAUUCUUCUUUCCCGCAACAUUCCACAUUAUUAUUAAGAAAAAAGCAACUGGCCAACUGGAUGUGAAGGAUAUUGUUUUAGCAGCGAAUAUAAUGUUUUUGGGAGUCGUGGGAUGCAUUGCUGCAACUACCGAUAGCUUUAUCAAUGUAGCUAUAUUAAAAGACUUUGCUCCACCGUGUUACAUUAACAUAACAGCAGCAUCAACUUUAACAGAGGGAUCAGGAUUACCUGGUCCUAAGGUUCCAUAAUCAUGUAUGUGAUAUAUUUUUGAUGUACUGUACAGUUAUGACUGCUUGGUAGUGCCAACAGUGUGGCUAUAUUCUAAUAUCUUUAUAAGAUAUUACAUAAACUAAUGUCUUUACAAGAUCAGAUACUCUAAUUAGCAAUACACUAUUUUUUUAAAUUUAAGGAAUUUUGAUAAAAACCUUAUCUUGUAUAUCAGGAAACUCUUAAUAAUAAGAUUGUUUAUAAAUAAGUUGUACUAUAUUUUUAAUUGCAAAAUUUUUUCUUUGAAAUAUUUUUUGUAAUUGCAUGAUAUUCGAGCAAGAUGGUGCUUCCGUGCAUAGAAAAAAUCCAGCUUAGUUAUGGAUAAAAUAAAAAAUACAUUAAUUCAUUUUCAAGGAUAACAAUAUGUUAAAAGUAUGCAAUCUCUUAAUUUGAAACCAAGCAGUCAUUAAAAACACCUUCAAGAUCAGCUCUCUCAGGGCAGUGAUUAGAUAAACUUUUCAUUAAAGCCGGUCAAUUAGAGGUCAGUAUUCAUACCGAUUGUUAAAAAAUGUAUCGUUUGAUAUAUUAAAUAGCUACUUGUAAAACCUUUAUUUACAUUUUUUUUGUAUGUGAAACCAUGUUGACAGAAAUACUUGUACUGUGUUGAUUUUACUCAUAAUUUAACAAAAAUUUAAGUAUAAAAUAAAAAUGGAAAUACGUUCAAAAGCUGUACAGUGCACACACACAACUUUGUAAUUUACAGAGUAAACUUUAUCAGUAUGAACAAACGUUUCAUAAAUUACUAAAAAAAAAAUUAUUACAAAAUAUUGUGGCAAAGUAAUUUAUUAUUAUUGCAGUGGUAAGUUAAAUAUAUUUAAAAGGAUAAUGUGUUGUUUAACUUUACAAGUUACUUGUAUGACACCUUUGUUAAUGUAAGAAAAGUCAUUUUGACAAUUAUAUAAUUGAAAAUUAAGUUUCCCAUUUCACUUAAAAAAAAUAAAGCAUAAGCAUCAAAAUCAUAUUCUCCAGAUGCAGGCAGUCAAACUCACUGAUUAAUGUAAUUGGGUAGCGCACAGUUUGCUGCUGAUGCUUCUAAAUUUCAUAAAAUUAACCAGAAGUAUUUCAUGGGUACUUGAUGUGGUGAAACGGGACUCAAGUGAAGCCAUCAGGCAGGUGUUGGUGGCUUCUGCUCCCAUCUCCAGCCUUCUGCAACAGUACAAGAGUUAAAUAUGCCAACAUGGCUUUACUUCCCGUGUUCACUGUUCAUGGAAACCAUUAAAUUCCAUUGUUCCUUUAUCUGGUUGAUGAGCCUACCCAACUGCACUGUACCACUUUCAGUUGUGCACCUUUUAGGGGAAUGUCUGUUUUCAGGAUGAUCAUUAAUUUCAUUUUCCUAAUAACACCUUGGGGUCACUUGUCCCCUCAAUAGAAUCCUUGGUAAAUCAAAUACCUUAUAUGUUGCUUGCCUUAUGUUCCUUUCUUCUUGAAUUAGCAUCCUGAGUGAUAUUUAGCACCUUUUGAAUAUCUUGAUAGUGCUAUAUAGUCUUCCUGACUUGACACCUUCCUUUGAUAAUUAAUUAAUCAGAUUUACAACUGUUCUGGCAUAAGACAAAUUGGUGAAGAAAAAUGUAAAAGAUCUUUUCUUAUUUUAUUUAAGCAAAAAUUGUGUUUAGGGGUGGGGGGGGGGAGCAGUUUAAAAUUUAAAAAAAUUUCCAAGUUGAUUAAUUGAACAAAUUUAUAUAUUGUAAGUUAAUGAUACUAAAUGAUUAAUAUUUUGUCUAAUAAAUUUUAACACUGCCAAAGAAAUCUUUUCAAAAUGUUUAAUAUGAAAACACUUUAAACUGCAAAUUCUAGAGAAUAGAGUUGAAUUAACCAAUAUAAAUUUGUCUUAAAAUACAUAAUAAAGAUAAUUUUGCAU